GUGAAACAAAAAUUUCAGUGGAAAAUACUUUGAGCUAGCUUGACGCUGACCGAUUGUGGGUUUGUCGUUGCAUUGUUGAGCCUUUAGCUAGGUGGCAGCAGCAGCUUAUGCUAGCUUAUGCUAGGUUCCAGACUCUCCAAGACCAGGGAUCGGGAAUCGCUUCUUCCACUCCCUGUAGAUGACGUGCUGAGAUGAGUUUCAGCUUACUGCGCAGGGUUCUGCCACCGCGUCCCGUGCUCGCAAGCGAUGCUUUGCACAUUGUGAGGUGGAAGUCAUCCAGAAAUGCUGUCGAGAUGGACCCCGAGGAGUACAAGGAGGAAGCGAAGAAAGCAAAAAAGUUUGAGGAUUGGGUGCCGGAAGGCGGCUGGACUCUGCAGCGAAAGGUGGCUCGGACGGUCCUCGACAAUGCCAUACUUACGGAACAGCAGCAGGAGACCAUCCGUGAGCUGCACACCUUAAGCCCGGAGACGUGGACUAGAUCGAGACUGUCCAAAGCAUUCAAGGUGCAGCCACUGGUCAUCUCCGAGAUCAUCUCGCCCAGCAAGCGCUUCAACGCGCCGUUCCUGCAAUCGCAGCGCAAGCGCACCGGCGUCCUGAGAACGGCGGAGCGCAGCCUGCAGACGGAGCCCUGGUCGACGGGCAACGUGAUCGCUACCGGCCUGAAGUACGGCCUGCGCGGCCAGAAGCUCGCCGAUUUCAUCAACCAGAAGCUCUCGCUAGACUGGGGUGUGCCGCGUCACCGAAUGAACAACUGGACACGGCGCUCACAGGCCCUGGGCCUGUCCGCGCAGGAGUCCGCAGACUUUGUACGCCAGAACAUCAUUGCCUUUCAGAAGCGCCGCGUGCUCAACGAGCAGUCUCCCCACCGCUCGCUGGAUGAGAACGUGGAGUACGACGACGACAACACCUCCGGCGGCGGUGCGUCCUCUGAUGUCCAGUCGUCCGCCGAUUUCGAACUGGAGCUGGAGAAUCGCCUGCGCGCUCUCAAGGCCGACACGCAGAGCAAGCGGGGGCUGCGCCGCGAUGCCACCCCGUCGCAGACCCUGCGCACCGUGGCGCAGAUGGAGGAGGAGGACCGCGGCAUUGUCGUUGAGGAGAUGGAGGAGCGGGCGCCCGAGCCCCAGACGGAGCCCAAUCCCAGCGACAUGCUGUGGCAGCUGAGUAUCGAUGAUGACCAUGCCGCACGGCGGACUGCAGCUGCUGGAGAGAAAGAUGCCGAGGACGGUGCGGAAGAAGGCGCAGCAGUUGAUCCAGCAGAGGAGCGUCGGAAAAGGUGGAGACGUGGUUGAUACAUUUUUAAUUAAAGAAUGUUUUGGUAGGUUUGACCUGUACUGCUUUGGGUACUGAAGCGUGUCCUUGCAGCUUUUCUGUCGAGGUUUCGGUAACGGGCUGUUUCUCCGAACCUCCCCCAGCGUUAUCGCUAUGGUCACUGCCGAUCCUCAUAGCUACGAUGUUUGAAGGAAUUGCAUCUUGCUAAGCUAAGUUGGAUGCCUGCGGGUGUUGUUCCAUAUAGUGUAGAACCCUGCCAACAAGAUCAGGGACUGCGCCGUUUGUGGCAACUGAACAUUUCCAUGUUAGUUCGUUAUGGACACUUUCGCUACUGUUGAGCUGGCCCUGCAUGCAACACUCUUGCCGACUGCUAGGCUUUAAGCCUUGUGCUAUAUCUUGAAGCCUGAUUUACCUUGCUUUUGGCUUGCUUAGACAUGCCUUGCUUUUCAGAAACUCAGGUUUCAGUACUGAAAGUGCUGUUGAGACAACUUGUUCACGUACAGUUCUACUGCGAAGCGAGAGUUGCAAGCUGCCAUGCAUUUCCUGCUCACCUCUGUUUGUCUUAGGUGCCAUGCGCUGAUGCUAGGCUGGAUAUUUCACAUCCUUGGCUUUGCUUUACCAUAACUUAUUGCUGUAUCUGCUGCUGGUCGGUGGAAUGCUUUGCUUAUCUUUGUCACACAGUGCUAUUUUCAUUUAUCAGUAUUACUUUUUAGGAACCAACAAGGUACUUGAAGUACAUGGGACCUUGUACUGCGAUGUGCAACAUGAAAACUGUUGUGUCGAAUUUGUACUUGUAUAUAGAUGGCCCUUGGCGGAUGUUUGUCUUUUUUUUUUGUUAUUGCUGCUGCUGGUGCUGCUGUUGGUGGUGAUGGUGGUGGUGGUGCUGCUGCUGUUGGUGUUGGUCGUGGUGGUGCUGCUGCUACUGCUACUGCUGCUGCUGUUGGUGGUGGUAGCGGUGGUGUUGAAGAGACAUUCAUGCUUACUUGCACAGAAUUGGCACUGAGAUUCUCUGCAGUUUGUUUACCUUCAAUCUGAUCAUGCAGUGCCCAGGUUAUCAGUUCAAGAUGAUUGGAAUAAAGUUAACCGGUGUAUACAACUAA